AUGGACUCUAAUAAAUUAAAAAUGAAGGUAUUGGCAAUAGUAACAGGAGCAUCAAGAGGAUUUGGUUAUUCUAUCGUAAAAGAGUUGAUCAAAAAGACAACUGCAGAGGCACAAGCUUCUCAUAUCGACUUUAAACUCUAUGCAAGAUCACUUUCGAGUCUUGAAUCAACAGAGAAAUUGAUCAAGGAACUUCUUCCACAAGGCAACAAGAUCGAUAACUUUGCUAUUGAUUUUAGUGAUAUUGAACAAUCAGAAGCUACUUUUAAAAAGUCAUUAGAAAAUGUUUCAUUUGGUGAAUAUCAAAAGGUUAUCUUUUUCAAUAAUCAUGGUUCUCUUAGUUUCCUUCAAAGAAUUGAUAGUUUAACCAAUUUUAUUCAAAUUAAAAAGGAUCUUGAUAUGAAUAUUACCUCAUUCCUUGUUACCAGUAGCAUUUUCUUGUCAAAGAUUAGAGAACAAAACACUCCACUUUUGACAAACACUUCCUUCUUCCUUGUCAACUCUUCAUCUUUGGCUGGUAUUAAACCAUUUGAUACUUGGGGAAUUUAUUGUACUACCAAGGCUGCACGUGAAAUGUUAUUAAGAGUAAUCAGUGAAGAAUCCAAAUCAAUUCCAAAUAUCAAGACAUUAAAUUAUUCACCAGGUGCAAUGGAUACUGAUAUGCAAGGAGAAGUCAGAGCCAAUACAAUUGAUGAGGAAUCAAAGAAAUAUUUUGUCAAUUUGAAAGAAGAAGGUAAAUUGGUUGAUCCAUUCAAAUCAGCUGCCAAGAUGAUGGUAUUACUCUUUGAAAACACUUUUGAAUCGGCUGCUCAUCUUGAUUACCAUGAUUUACCAGUCAUCCAAUAA